AUGAACGGCCACACUACUCCUCCUCUUGAUGUCUUGGUCACUGACGGCACCAACGGCACCGAGGUGCCCAGAGUCUCCAAGACCGGAAAGGCCAUGCCAGGAGCUGGCACCCCCUCUACACCGCUGGCCCAGGCGGCCCCGCUCGGCAAGGCCAGGAGCAUUGCUGGUGUGUGUGUGGAGGCCUCUGGCCAGAACCUGAGCGUCUACACAGCCAUGAAACAGGGCCUGCUGCCCUCGGGGCUCGGGCUGGCUCUGCUGGAGGCUCAGGCAGCCACCGGGGGUCUGGUGGACCCCAGCCAGGGCCAGCUGCUCCCUGUGUCUGAGGCCCUGCGCCAAGGGCUGGUCGGGCUGGAGCUGAAGGAGAAGCUGCUGACCGCCGAGCGCGCUGUCACUGGGUACCCAGACCCCUAUGGGGGAGCAAAGCUGCCCCUGUUCCAGGCCAUCGGGAAGGAGGUCGUGAACAGGGCGCUGGGGAGGAGCUGGCUGGAGGCCCAGCUGGCCACCGGGGGCCUGGUGGACCCCACGCGGGGUGUCCGUGUAGCCCCGGAACCCGCCUGCCAGCAGGGCCUCCUGGACCAGAAGACAUGGCACAGCCUGGAGGAAUGGGAGCCUGGGUCAGACUCUGCAGGCUUCUGCGACCCCAACACGCUGGAGAGGCUGCCCUACCGCGAGCUGCUGAGCAGGUGCGUGGAGGCCCCCGGCCCGGGGCUGGUGCUGCUGCCGCUGAAGACCGCCUUCCGCACCCUGAGUGGGGCCGUGGGCACAGCUGAACUGCUGGAGGUGGGGGUCUUGGACGAGGAGACGGCCCGCGGCCUGCGAGAAGGCCUGCUGGCUGUGCCGGAUGUGAGCAGCCGUGCUGAUGUGAAGCGUUACCUGGAGGGCACCGGAGGUGUGGGGGGGGUGGUCCUGCUGCCCGCCGGCCACAAGAAGAGCCUCAGCCAGGCCGCUGCCGAGCACCUGCUCCCGCUGGGCACCGUGUUCCCGCUGCUGGAGGCGCAGGCCGCCACCCGCACCCUGGUGGACCCGGCCACUGGCCGGCAGCUGUGGGUGGACGAGGCGGUCCGGGCCGGGCUGGUGGGGCCCAAGCUCCAUGGGCAGCUACUGGUAGCAGAGCAGGCGGUAACUGGCUUCCAUGAUCCCUUCAGCACCUCACGUGUCCCCCUGUUCCAGGCCAUGAAGAAGGGGCUGGUGGACAAGCUGCUAGCGCUGAGAUUGCUGGAUGCCCAGCUGGCCACGGGGGGCCUGAUGUGCCCAGCCCGCAGGCUUCGACUGCCCCUGGAGGCUGCCCUGCGCUUUGGCUGCCUGGACGAGGAGACCCAGCAGCGUCUCUCGCAGACCACCGGCUUCUCAGACCCCAGCACCCAGGAGAGCCUCAGCUACGGGCAGCUGCUGACCCGCUGUGUCACUGACCCAGAGACAGGCCUCGCCUUCCUGCCUCUCAUGGGGGCUGCCCAAGGGGACGAGCCCCAGGGGCUCCCAUUCAUUGAACACAGUACCCGGCAGGCCUUGAGUGCAGCCACGGCCACCGUCUCGGCAGGGAAGUUCCAGGGCCGGCCUGUGUCCCUCUGGGAGCUGCUCUUCUCCGAGGCGGUCCCGGCGGAGCAGAGGGCAGCGCUGGCCAAGAAGCACAAGGAGGGGACCUUGUCGACGGAGGCGCUGGCCACACAGCUGAAGGCUACCGUGGAACAGGCCGCGGCUGCCGCCAGGGUCACCUUCACGGGGCUGAGGGACGCUGUGACGCCAGGAGAGCUGUUGGAGUCCGAGAUCAUCGACCGGGAUGUGUACGAGCAGCUGGAGCGUGGGCAGGCCACAGCACACGACGUGGGCCACCUGGACUCUGUGCAACGCUACCUGCAGGGCACCGGCAGCAUCGCCGGCCUGCUGCUGCCCGGCUCCCAGGAACGGCUCAGCAUCUGGGAGGCCCGCAGCAAGAGCCUGCUACGGCCCGGCACCGCUCUGGUGCUACUCGAGGCCCAGGCGGCCACCGGCUUCAUCAUCGACCCAAAGGAGAACAAGAGGUACUCCGUAGACGAGGCGCUGAGGGCCGGCGUCAUCGGGCCUGACGUGUACGCCAAGCUGCUGUCGGCCGAGCGCGCGGUCACCGGCUACAAGGACCCCUACACGGGCCAGCAGAUCUCCCUCUUCCAGGCCAUGCAGAAGGACCUCAUCGUGCGGGACCACGGCAUCCGCCUGCUGGAGGCCCAGAUCGCCACGGGCGGCGUCAUCGACCCCGUGCACAGCCACCGCGUGCCCGUCGAGGUGGCCUACCAGCGCGGCUACUUCGACCGGGCCCUGAACCUGGUCCUGUCAGACCCCAGUGACGACACCAAAGGCUUCUUCGACCCCAACACGCACGAGAACCUGACCUACCUGCAGCUGCUGGAGCGUUGCGUGCGCGACCCCGACACCGGGCUCUGCCUCCUGCCGCUCAGCAGUGUGCAGCCCCAGCUGGUGGACAGUGCCACGCGCCAGGCCUUCCAGGGCCAGCUGCUGUCGGUGCAGUAUGGCCGCUUCCGGGGCCAGAGAGUGUCUCUGUGGGAGCUCGUCAACUCUGAGUACAUCUGUGAGGACCAGCGGCGGCAGCUGCUUCGAGAGUUCCGGCUGCGCAAGAUGACCCUGGAACAGGUCACGUCCCUGCUGCAGACAGAAUCCCAGCGGUGGGCAGAGGUCAUGCUGCCCACACUGCGUGGCUGUGUCCCUGCCUAUGAGCUUCUGGAGGCCGGCAUCAUCGACGAGGCCCUUCUGGGGCGCGUGUUGUCGGGGGCCGUGAGCCCCAAGGUGCUGCUCGAGGUGGACACUGUGCGCAGGUGUCUACGCGGCUCGGGCGCCUUGGGUGGCGUGCUGCUGCAGCCCUCCAACCGGCGCCUCAGUGUCUACCAGGCCAUGCAGCAGAAGCUGCUGGGCCCAGGCAUGGGCCUGGCACUGCUGGAGGCCCAGGCAGCCACCGGGGCCCUCCUGGACCCCCAGAGCCAGGAGGCCCUGACAGUGGAUGAGGCUGUGCACAGGGGGCUGGUAGGGCCCGAGCUGUAUAGCCAGCUGCGGUGGGUCGAACACGCCGUCACCGGCUUCAGAGACCCCUUCUCUGGGAAGCGAGUGUCCGUGUUCCAAGCUAUGAAGAAGGGCCUGGUCCCCAGGGAGCAGGCUGCCCGCCUCCUAGAGGCCCAGGUGGCCACAGGGGGGAUCAUCGACCCUGCUGGUUGCUACCACCUCCCCAUGCCUGUGGCCGCCAAGCGCGGCUGUGUUGACCGGGAGAUGGAGAAGGUGCUGAGCGAUGUCCCCCAGACCUUCCCCAGCCCGGAUGGCCGGGGCCGCACCAGUUACAGCCAGCUCCUGGAGCAGUGUCCCCACGACGAGGCCUCUGGCCUGCUCUUCCUGCCGCUGCCGGACAGCACCCCCACUGUGCCCUCGGACGAGCAGCUCCAGGAGGCCCUGCAGGCCGCACAGAGCGACGAGGACGGCAAGUCACUCUGGGACUUGCUGGGCUCCAGCCACUUCACUGAGCAGCAGCGCCAGGGCUUCCUGGAGGACUUCCGGGUGGGCCGGCUCUCAGAGCAGGAGCUGCGGGCAACCCUACAGAGCUUGCUGCAGGCGGCGGAGCUGCGGGCACGUGCCCAGGCCUCGGUGCCGGGGCCGCGAGGCAAAGUGCCUGCUGUGUGGCUGCUGGACGCUGGCAUCAUCUCCCAGGACACCCUGGAGGCUCUGGCUGAGGGCCGGCAGUCGUCUGACGAGGUGGCCAGGCAGCCCGCCGUGAGGGACUGCCUGUGGGGCACGGGCUGUGUGGCUGGCGUGCUGCUGCAGCCCUCGGGGGCCAAGGCCAGCAUCGCCCGUGCCAUGCAGGAUGGCCUCCUGCCUGUGGGCCUGGGGCAGAGGCUGCUGGAGGCCCAGGUGGCCUGUGGUACUCUGGUCAACCCUGUGACCAAUCAGCGGCUGUCAGUGGAGGAUGCGGUCAAGUUCGGCCUGGUGGGUGGGGAGCUGAGUGAGCAGCUCCGGCUGACUGAGAGGACCGUGGCCGGCUUCCCAGACCCCUGCUCGGGACGUGCCCUGUCACUGUGGCAGGCCGUGGAACAGGGACUCGUGCCCCGGGCCGAGGGCCUGCCCCUGCUGCAGGCACAGCUGGCCACAGGGGGCAUCAUGGACCCCAUCUACCACACGCACCUGCCAUUGCCCACUGCCUGCAGACUCGGGCUCCUCGACGAGGCCACGGGCCAGGCGCUGAGCUCAACCGAUGACAGUGUGAAGUUCUUCUUCGAUCCUGGCACCCAGGACAAGGUGACGUACCAGGAGCUCAGGGCACGCUGCGUCCAGGAUGCUGCUACCAGCCUGUGGCUGCUGCCACUCUCCCAGGACACGGUGCUUGAUGUGGACGAGCACACGGCAGUGGCCCUGCGUGCCAUGAAGGUGCCCGUGGGUGUAGGUAGGUUCAAGGGGCAGGCCGUGUCGCUGUGGGACCUGCUGCGAUCCGAGUAUGUCACUGCCGAGCGGCGAAGAGAGCUGGUGGCGCUCUGCCAGUCUGGCCGGGCUGCCGCGCUGCGGGAGGUGGUCCACGCUGUCACCAUGCUCAUUGAGGUCGCAGAGAGGCAGCCUUCGCAGUCCAUCUUCCGGGGGCUCCGGAAGCAGGUGUCGGCCCGUGACCUGUUCCGGUCCCAGCUGAUCGACAAGAAGACGCUGGACGAGUUGACCCAGGGAAAGAGGACGGUGCAGGAGGUGACAGAGAUGGCCAGCGUGCGGCAGUUCCUGGAGGGGGGGAACUUCAUCGCCGGCGUGCGCAUCCAGGCCACGGGAGAGACUAUGAGCAUCCCUGAGGCCCUGCGCCGGCACAUCCUGAGGCCUGGCACCGCCCUGGUGCUGCUGGAGGCACAGGCCGCCACCGGCUUCGUCAUUGACCCCGUGGAGAACAGGAAGCUGACGGUGGAGCAGGCAUACUCGGCAGGGAUGUUCGGCAAGGAAACCUACGAGAAGCUGCUGUCGGCCGAGCGCAUCGACCCCGUGCACAGCCACCGCGUGCCCGUCGAGGUGGCCUACCAGCGCGGCUACUUCGACGAGGACAUGAACCGCGUGCUGUCGGACCCCAGCGACGACACCAAGGGCUUCUUCGACCCCAAUACGCACGAGAACCUGACCUACCUGCAGCUGCUGGGGCGCUGCGUGUGCGACCCCGACACCGGGCUCUACAUGCUGCAGAUAGUUAAGAAGGGGGAAACCUACGUGUACAUUGACGAGGCCACCAAACACCUUCUGGGAUCAAGCACCACCAAGAUGCACGUGGGGAGGUUUGCAGGACAGACGGUCUCCCUGUGGGACAUGCUGUCUUCCCAGUACUUCUCCGAGGAGAGGCGGCGAACACUUGUCCAACAGUACAAAACCAAAAAGCUGUCCCUGGAGAGACUGCUGGCCAUCAUCACUGAGACAGUCGAGGAAACUGAAAAGCAGAGCCAAGCCGUCCAGGUGGAAGGGCCCCAGGGGCCAGUGUCAGCCGCGGAGCUGUUCAACUCGGGAAUCAUCGACAAGGAGACACUGGACGCUCUGCAAAGGGACAAGGGCAGUGAGCACAGCAUCCGCGAGCUGGUGCGUGUGAAGCGCUUCCUGGACGGCCGCGGCUGCAUCGCAGGGGUGAGCACGCCGUCCGCCCGGGAGGUCAUGAGCGUGUACGAGGCCAGCAGAAAGGAGCUCCUCCCCACGGGGAUCGCGGCACUGCUGCUAGAGGCACAGGCAGCCACGGGCUUCAUGCUAGACCCCCGUGGCCACCAGAGGCUCCCUGUGGAUGAGGCCGUGGCGGCCGGCCUGGUGGGCGCCGAGUUACGGGACAGGCUCCUGAAUGCACAGAAGGCAGCCCAAGGCCACGCUGCCCCAGGCUCGGGUACCCGGCUCUCCCUGUUCCAGGCCAUGGAGCAGAAGCUGGUCCCGCGGGAAGAUGCACUGAGGCUGCUAGAGGUGCAGGUGGCCACGGGUGGCAUCCUUGACCCAUUGCAUGGCCACCGUGUGCCCCUGGAGACAGCGUUCCGGCGCGGCCUCCUUAAUCAGGACACAUAUGUCCUCGUGUCAGAUCAGAAGCUCAUGAAGAAGCGGUUUGUGGACCCAAACACGAGGGAGAGUGCCACGUACCAGCAGCUGCAGGCUCGGUGCCAGAUGGAUGAAGCAACGGGCUGGGUCCUGCUGCCAGUGGGCCAGGACUCGAGGGACUGCGGGUAUGUUGACGAGGCUACCAGAAAGGCACUGGAGGCUGAGUGGGUGGAGAUCACAGUGGGACGUUACCGUGGCCAGAGGCGGUCCGUGUGGGAGCUGCUGAACUCGGAGUACAUGACCGAGGAGAAAAAACAGGAGCUCGUGGCAAAAUACAGAAAGGACACAGCGGGUGCGCUGGGGAAGGUGGUGAAAGUAAUCCUGGACCUGAUCGCAGAGCAGGAGGACAGGAGGAAACAGCUGUGGUUCCCGGGCAUCCGCAGGCAGGUCACGGCCUCUGAGCUCUUCCACUCGGACAUCAUAAGCAAGGACACGCUGGAGGCGCUGGAAGAAGGACGCAGCACAGUGCACGACGUCCUCGAGCAGGCAGCCGUCAGGCGCUACCUGCAGGGCACCAGCUGCAUCGCCGGCGUGCUGGUGCCCUGCAGGGACGCUCCCGACAUGAACCGCGUGCUGUCGGACCCCAGUGAUGACACCAAGGGUUUCUUCGACCCCAACACGCACGAGAACCUGACCUACCUGCAGCUGCUGGGGCGCUGCGUGAGCGACCCCGACACGGGGCUCUACAUGCUGCAGCUGGUGGGCCCAGACGCCGCCGUGCACCAGCUGGGUGAGGAGCUGCGUGCAGCACUGCGCGGGGCCCGUGCGACACUGAGCUCGGGAGUCCUGAGGGGACAGAGCAUGUCGGUAUGGGAGUUGCUAUUCCACCGGAUGGUCCCUGAUAGCCAGCGGCAAGAGCUGCUGCGUAGGUACAGGGCGGGCAAGCUGACCGCACACGAGGUGGGGGCCGCCCUGACGGCCCUGCUGGAUAAGGGGCAUGCACACAGGAAACGUGGGGACUCCCAGGACCCUCAGGAGGCCCUGCGUGCCGCCACCAUGGAGGUACACGUCGGGCAGUUCCAGGGCCGGUCACUGUCCGUCUGGGACGUCCUCUGGUCCUCUUACGUGUGUGUCACCACCCGAGAGGAGCUGCUGGCCCAGUUCGGCUCAGGGGCACUGACCCUGCCUGAGCUGACCCGCAGGCUGACCGUCAUCAUCAAGGAGGCUGAAGGGCACUCUGCAGCACAGAGUGGAGGUCACCAGGACGGGACAGCCCGCAAAGGGCCCUCCACAGCAGGGAAGGAAACAGAGACCAUCGAUGACGCCAAUGCUGAAGCAAAUACCAAGGCUGACCAACGCCGCCAGGAGGAGGCUCUCCGUGCUGCCACCAUGCAGCUUCACGUCGGGCAGUUCCAAGGCCAGUCACCAUCCGUCUGGGACGUUCUCUGGUCCUCAUACCUGACUGAGACCCGCCGACAGGAACUGCUGGCCCAGCACGCGGCUGGCACUCUGACCCUGAGUGCCCUGGUGUCCGUCCUCACCCAGCUGGUCGAGAAGAUGGAGGAACGGCUGAGCCGGGUGUCCUUCCGUGGCCUGCGGCGCCAGGUGUCUGCCUCUGAGCUGUGCAAGGCCAAGAUCCUGGGCCCUGAGAUCCUGUGGGACCUGGCCCAGGGCACCAAGACCUUGGAGGAGGUCGCAGAGAUGGAUUCCGUCAGGCGCUACCUGCAGGGCACCAGCUGCAUCGCCGGCGUGCUGGUGCCCUGCAGGGACGCUCCCGGUCGCCAGGAGAAGAUGAGCAUCUACCAGGCCAUGUGGAAGGGCGUGCUGCGGCCCGGCACCGCCUUGGUGCUGCUGGAGGCCCAGGCGGCCACUGGCUUCAUCAUCGACCCUGUGGGCAACAGGCGGCUGUCGGUGGAGGAGGCCGUGGCCGAGGGCGUGGUGGGUGGCGAGGUGCGUGACAAGCUGCUGUCGGCCGAGCGCGCGGUCACCGGCUACAAGGACCCCUACACGGGCCAGCAGAUCUCCCUCUUCCAGGCCAUGCAGAAGGACCUCAUCGUGCGGGACCACGGCAUCCGCCUGCUGGAGGCCCAGAUCGCCACGGGCGGCGUCAUCGACCCCGUGCACAGCCACCGCGUGCCCGUCGAGGUGGCCUACCAGCGCGGCUACUUCGACGAGGACAUGAACCGCGUGCUGUCGGACCCCAGUGACGACACCAAGGGCUUCUUCGACCCGAACACGCACGAGAACCUGACCUACCUGCAGCUGCUGGAGCGUUGCGUGCGCGACCCCGACACCGGACUCUUGUUUCUGUCUCUCUCCAAGGGGCUUUAA